CUAUAAAAGCAAUGCAUGAGUUUGGUUUGAUAGAAAGAAGCAAUCGCUAAAGGAAAGAAGUGUAGCAAAUCAUUUCUUUACUAAAGAUGGAACAGAAUCACACGAAGAGGCAGAUUAAAGUCACCAGAAAUUCCCUCUUUGAACAGGGUUAUUUGGAUGAACAAUUCACCCAACUUGAGGAUUUGCAAGAUGAUGCAAACCCUAACUUUGUUGAAGAAAUUGUCACUUCGUUUUUCUCUGAUUCAACGCGGUUAAUUCGAAAUGUUGAGAUUGCACUGGAAACUUAUCCUUUGGAUUUUUGCAAGCUCGAUGAUUAUAUGCAUCAAUUCAUGGGUAGCAGCUCAAGUAUUGGUGCAAAAAAGGUGAGAAACGAAUGCACACAGUUUCAAGAAUGUUGCAAAGCUAGGAAUGAUGAUGGAUGCAUAAGGGCAUUUCAACGUGUGAAACAAGAGCACGCCACUCUAAAGAGAAAACUUGAAGCAUACUUUCAGGUUUCUCUUUGAAGUCAUUCAAACUAAAACACAUACAAACAAGCACGGGUUUGCAAUACUAAUUAACUAUAUCUAAUAUGUCCAGAGAUCGUGACUUCCAUCUUAUCUCUGUUAGAUUAUUGCUUGAUUAUGUAAGGACUAUGAUGUAUAGUUAUAAGCAUAUUGAUAUAUACACACACACAUAUAUAUAUUGUGGUUCUCA